CAAGAUGGCGGCGGCGGCGGUGAUGGCGGCGGGCUCGGCCGCGGCCCCGGACGAGGACACCGAGCUGCGGGACUUGCUGGUGCAGACGCUGGAGAACAGCGGCGUCCUCAGCAGGAUCAAGGCUGAACUCCGAGCAGCGGUAUUUUUAGCACUAGAAGAGCAAGAAAAAAUAGAGAACAAAGCACCUCUGGUCAAUGAAAGCUUGACAAAGUUUCUAAGUACAAAAGAUGGUCGUCUAGCAGCUAGUCUUGUUGCAGAAUUUCUUCAGUUUUUCAAUCUUGACUUUACCUUGGCUGUCUUCCAGUCUGAAGCUAACACAUUUCAUGGUCUUGAAGCUCGAGCGGAUUUAGCCCAGAAUUUAGGAGUUGUUGAAGUGGAAGGUACUGGAGGUGGACCACUAUUGUUGGAAGUGAUCAGAAGGUGUCAACGAAAGGAGAAGAGCGCUGCCAAUGGGGAAGGAGCACCGGAUCCAACCGAUUUUCAUUCUCCACCAAAAUCACCAGAUGGAAAGACCAGUCCACUUACAGUACCAAGUAAGAUACCAAGGUUUAAAGGACAUGGUAAACAGAAGAAAAGUGGGGAGAAGUCUGGUGAAAAGGCCUCUGAAACCAGUCAAAGUGAUAAGAGCGUGUCAUCAUCAGAAACAAAGAGCAAGAGCAGUCUGCAUAUAUUAGCAAAUGAAACAAAGCUUGGUUCUUCAUUAAAAAACCUACCUUUAGAUGCCAAAGAUAAAAGUGAUAUAUGUCCAGAUGAAGAUGAUGUAGAAGGAGAUUCUUUCUUUGAUGAUCCCAUUCCAAAACUGGAGAAAACUUAUGGUUGGGCUUCUGAUAAAAACAAUGAUGCUGAAGAUGCAGGUGUAGAAGAAACAUGUAAUGUGCCAGAUGACAAGCAGAAGUUUCCUAAAAGGAAAAGUGAAUCCAACAAACAUGUCGGAAGCCUAACGUCUCUUUCUAAUGCUCCUCCCUUAAAAAGUGGAUUGAACUCUCUGACUGGAGCAUCUUUCCUAAAGGAAUCUGAAAAUUCAAGGAGAAAUACAGUUUUGAAAGACCUGAAAGUGGUCAGCGGCAAGAUUGGAGUCCCUCGUCUUGGUUUACGAACUGGAGAAGAAGAUGAGUACAUUGAUGAUUUUAGCAGCACCAGUCAUCGCUCAGAGAAAAGUGAAAUAAGUAUUGAUGAAGAAAUAGAAGAAGAGAUUUCUGUGGACAUAGAAGACAGUGAUAAACUUGAAGACUUCACACAGGACCUAACUAUGUCUCACCUCAGUGAUGUUGCAGAUUAUCUGGAAGAUGUUGCAUAAGCGGAAGACAAAGGGAAUUGUUUUAAUAAAGUGGACUGAAGACUGAGUGGUUCCAAUUUUUCAGAUGAUCACUCUUGGCUCGAAUGUCUGCUCUCUAGUUGUGCCUUGGGUUCCAAAAAAUACUGCAGAUAUACUAAAAAAUACAGUUUCACAUCUAAAAGGAAAGAAUUGGUUACAGUUUGAGCCUAAGUGAAGGAUUUAUGAUUCUUUGCUGGUUAAAAUACCUCUUUAACUCUGGAAGCCGGAUUUUCUCUGCCGCUUGUCCACUGCUGGCAGUGGACACGUCAAAACUACCAGAGUAACAGAAAAUUUGAUAGAAGAAUUCAACAAAGCUUCAGGCUUUUCACCCAAGAUUAUGGAUGUGAGCCUGUGCAUCCGUAAGGCUUUAUAACAUUUUAAAAGCAGUGGCUCAACCCUAAAAAGCAAAGACAUCUGUAGGUAAGGUUUACCCUCAACUCUUUUUUAUACUUUGGAAUUAGAGCACUCGGUCUUUGGAGUGAUUCCUUAAAUCUGCUAAGGUCACAGGCACACCAGACAAGCUUUGUCGUGUAAGCUUUACAUUUAUAUUUCCUUCCUUUGGAAGGCUUAUUACACCAUUAAGGUUAUCUUCAAUUACUCCUGUAAUUGUUUUUCUUUUUAAAAAAGUGAUGGUGGUGAAAAAAUUUUAAUGCCUACAGAUCGUGAAAGAGUAUUACAGGCACACCUGUUGCUGCUGAUCCUGUAUCAAGAUGUUAUUGAGAAUCUCAAAUCCACAGAUCGAUUUUGAUUACCACUACAUUUUUCUAAAAUAAAAAAAAUCAAUGCUUUAAGAAAUAUUAAAGUACUCUAACGAGACUGAAAAUGAAGCCUUCAAACAUCUAUUUUUUCAGAUUUGUAGUUUAUCUAUCCAAAUAUUUUUAAAGCCAAAUUGGGAAACAAUAUUAGUAAUUGUCUAAGACCAUUUAAGGUCUCUAUUUCAGACAGAAGCUUCUCUUGUACAUAUUUUCAUUAUAACUAGAGGAACAGGGUCGAUAACAAAUGCAGGCAGUCGUAUUUAAACUGUCAAGCAUGAUGCUGCUACAAUAUAUGUGGGCCAUUGACAAUUGUAAUAUAAUACUAAACAGGUCUUUCAAAAUGUGCACUUUCAAAAGCAUUGUAAGCAAGCUGAAUAUGUUCAGUUUUUGUAUUUUUCAUUUCAGUUGUCCUUGGCAUUUCAACAUCACCUCUAUAGAAGCAGCAUGUAGGGGAAAUUUGCUAGUAUCAUGAUAAAUGCAGUUGAAGACAUUUAUUUUAAGGCAGCCUUUGUUCUUGUAUUAGGGCAACCCACCUGGGCUUCCAAAGAAAAGGGAUUGGUGGUUGGGGGUGGAGAAGGGGGGUCUCCAAGGAAAAGUAUACAAGGACUUUGAUGUGUUUCUUAGGAUAAAAUGACAUAAGCUUAAAGUCUUGAUGGAUUUAUCUGGCAUACCGAGCAUCAGGAAGAAAGAAAUUGGCUACUGAAAGCACAUUUGCCUGAGAUAUGUGAAUCCUAGUUGAAAAAUUGGGUCUUUCUAAUUUUUUGUAUUGGAUACUACCAAGAGAAAAAUUUUAAAAUAAUGUGUGUCAUCUGUGAAGAUGCACACUUUCCUGUGGGGAAAAAAAAGUCAGAUUCAUUUAUUGUAAGAGGCAUUUUAUGAUAGGUACAAACUCCAUAAAAUAAUGGGUGAAAAUGAAACUGUUUCUGAUCUGCCUAUCUGUAAAUUGUACAAGAGUAGUUGUUUUUUUCAUGCUUUGCCGAAGACAAAUGGAUUUCUAUGAAAUGUUUUUAAAUUUCAUUACGGAUUGGGGACUUUUUUUAUAACCAUUUAGAAGUUUUUACAGCAUCAGCAAUAUGGCAUUUUCCUCCUCCCAAAGAGAUUCUGGAUCUUAAAUAAUGUUUGAGAGAUUAUGAGGGAAUAUGUUAAUUGGGGUAAUUCUCUGCAUUGUUAUAUUGUACUUUAAUUGAAUCAUGCUUAAUAAUCUACAAUGCCAAUGGUGUAAAUAAAGCUGCAAUGCUGGAUGAAAUCUA